CAUUUCUCUUCUUUGUCUACUUUCUUUCUGGCUCAUCUCUUUAGUCUCUUUUUCUUGGUUAAUAAUUCUCUUUGAUUCUUUAACACCCGCCGUUUGUUUUAAAAGAUAUUAAUUCCUGCCAAGUUUUUCGCAUUGUUUGUUUUCUCUGAUAAUGAAGGAGAAUAUGGAAAAUCCUCUCCAUCUCAAGUCCUUGAAUCACAUCUCUCUUCUGUGCAGAUCACUCGAGGAAUCCAUUGAGUUCUAUCAGAACAUUCUUGGGUUUGUGCCAAUUAGGAGGCCUGGGUCUUUUGAUUUUGAUGGAGCUUGGCUAUUUGGCUAUGGAAUUGGAAUUCAUCUUCUGCAAUCAGAAGAUCCAGAGAAGAUGCCAAAGAAAAGUAGUAUUAAUCCCAAAGACAAUCAUAUCUCUUUCCAGUGUGAGAGCAUGGGAGCAGUGGAGAAGAAUUUGAAGGACAUGGAAAUCAAGUACGCGAGAUCCAUGGUGGAGGAAGGUGGAAUCCGUGUGGACCAACUGUUCUUUCACGACCCAGAUGGGUUCAUGAUUGAGAUAUGCAACUGUGAUAAUCUUCCUGUGGUCCCUCUAGCUGGAGAGAUUGCAAGAACAUGCUCACUUGUGAAUCUGCCAAUACUGCAGCAUAACAAGCAGCAGAUCCAGCACCAGUUGGUUCAGCAGUAG